UAUAGCUUUAAGUUUGUUAAUAAUUAUAUUAUAGUAGUGAUGGCAAGUGAUGAGGAACAGAAGCUUGGAGUUAUGGCUUCCUGCAAGAAGAUGGUUUUUAAGGCUAUGGAGAGGAUAAAGAAGGUGGGAAGAGAUGAUCCCAGACGAAUUAUUCACUCUCUCAAAGUGGGAUUGGCUCUCACUCUCGUUUCCUUGUUGUAUUACUGGAGGCCUCUCUAUGACGGUUUUGGAAUUGCAGCCAUUUGGGCUGUUCUUACUGUUGUCGUCAUUUUUGAAUUUACCGUAGGGGCAACAUUGUCAAAAGGGCUAAAUAGAGGGCUUGGAACACUACUGGCUGGGGCUUUAGGAGUGGGAGCUCAACAUUUUGCCAGUCUUUUUGGGCAGACAGGGGAGCCCAUUGUUCUUGGCAUCUUCGUUUUCUUGCUAGCUGCUGCGUCGACGUUUUCUCGAUUCUUUCCACGGAUCAAGGCACGAUAUGAUUAUGGGGUUUUGAUUUUCAUUUUAACCUUUAGCUUAGUAUCUGUGUCGGGGUACCGAGUCGAGAAAAUCUUGGAGUUGGCACAUCAAAGACUAUCUACUAUAUUGAUUGGUGGAGCAACGUGUAUCUUCAUUUCUCUUUUCAUAUGCCCAGUUUGGGCUGGCGAAACACUUCAUAACGCCAUCGCCUCUAAUAUCGAAAAAUUGGCAAACUACCUCGAAGGAUUUGGAGGUGAAUAUUUCCAAUAUGAUGAUGAAGAGAAUGUUGUCGAAGACUCCAAAAACAACAAAUCAUCUCUUGAUCAAGCUUAUAAAACUGUGCUCACUUCAAAAGCCACAGAAGAUUCUUUGGCAAACUUUGCAUCAUGGGAACCCAAACAUGGAAAAUUCUCCUUUCGUCACCCAUGGAAACAGUACUUGAAAAUUGGAUCCCUCACCCGACAAUGCGCGUAUCAAAUCGAAUCGCUUAAUGGCUACGUCAAUCGAGCUGAUAUCCAAGUGGCCAUGCAAUUUCGUAGAAGAAUAGAAGAAUCUUGCAAGGCCAUAAGCUCAGAAUCCAGCAAAGCUCUAAGCAUAUUGGCUUCAUCCAUCAAAACAAUGACAAACCUAUCUUCUUCUUCUGGCAAAACCCACGUCGAAAACGCGAAAAUUGCCAUUGAUGAGCUUAAAGACACGCUCAAAUCUGAGUAUGUGGAGAACUCAGACCUUCUUGGUAUCAUACCAGACGCAACGGUUUGCUGUAUAUUGAUCGAGAUCGUGAAGUCAGUAGAGAAGACAUCGGAAGCCAUUGACGAACUCGGUCAAUUGGCAAGCUUUAAAAGCACGGAGGCGACAGUGUCGCCGGAGAAGGCACCGCAAUCACAGCUGCUUCACCGGGGGAUCGUGAACCCGGUGCCUGACCACGGCGAGCGUGGAGAUCAUGUUGUUGUAGUUAUGGUGAAUGAUGAUGAAAUGGAAAAAGGUAAGGCUCAAGCUUUGGAGGUGAGGCCAAGCAAGGGAGAGAUGGUGUAAAUAGGGCAUUACAAGGAAUAAGGGUUGUGGUCAGGAAUAUUUUUGAAAUUGGCCAAGUUAUUAGAAGAACAAACUCUUCUUUUAGGGGAUUAGGAUUUUGCAGCUUUGAUCGAUACACACCCAUCAAUGUGAAUUUAAGCAAUUCCAUACCAUAUUUUCUUGUUGUAUACGAAUACCAAAUUCUCCAAGGGUUUUUAAGGAUGCCACGUUAAAAAGAUUAGGGACCAAAUAAAAAUUUAUAAUAGAUAUGAGUUAUUAUUCUCAUAGCCAA